CAUUGUGCAACAGAGACAAAACAAACAUCCCACCAAUAUCACCAAACGCUCUGUCAGUGAUACUGCACUCCUGGCAGAGACAAGACAGGGAGAAGAACACAAGCUAACCAUGGCGAAUACCUCAGCUCAGGAUGUGGAGUUCGUGCACACGGGCUAUGGGAAAAAUCUGGUGAAGGUUUUGUACAUCAAACGUGAGGGGACACACCACUACAUCACUGAGCUAAAGGCAAAUGUGGAGCUGACGCUGAAGACCCGCAAAGACUACCUGAAGGGAGACAACUCUGACAUCAUUCCCACAGACACCAUCAAAAACACUGUGCAUGCUUUGGCCAAGCUAAAAGGAGUGAAAACGAUAGAAGAUUUUGCACUGGAUAUUUGUGAACAUUUCCUGACGUCUUUCAAACAUGUCACCAAUGCAGAGGUAUUCAUUGAAGAAGCACCAUGGAAGCGGUUGGAAAAGAAUGGAGUGGAGCAUGCCCAUGCCUUCAUCUUUACUCCAGACGCCUGGCAUUUCUGUGAGGUGAAACAGGUUCUCAAUGAGAGUCCUGUGAUUCACAGUGGACUGAGGGACAUGAAGGUGCUGAAGACCACACAGUCCGGCUUUGAAGGUUUCCUAAAGGACAGGUUCACCACCCUGCAGGAAGCCAAGGACAGGUGCUUCUGCACGUCUGUGUAUAGCAAGUGGCGCUACAACACACGCAACGCGCCAUUCGAUGAAGCCUGGAAAACUGUCAGAGAUACAAUAAUUGAGAAGUUUGCUGGCCCGUAUGACCGUGGCGAGUACUCUCCAUCCGUCCAAAAGACUCUGUAUGACUCUCAGGUCCUUGUGCUAGACCGCCAGCCUGAGAUUGAGGAAAUUGAGAUUGUGAUGCCCAAUCAGCAUUACUUCACCAUUGACAUGACAAAAAUGGGUCUGACAAACAAGGAUGAGGUUCUACUCCCACUGGACAGCCCCUCUGGCAACAUCGCAGGGACUGUGAGAAGAAAGCCACGCGCCAAACUUUGAUAUAAAGCGUCGGAAGCUGGAAGAUUUUUAAGCUACAUCAAUCGAUGUCAUCCUCAUGCUUAUCAAUUGAAGAACACUUGGAAUGGCAAUCAUUAAAAUGACUAAAACUG